AAAUACGUAUAUUUAUUCAGACAACGUUCUUUAGUUCUGCAGAUAUUUGUGUUCUGCCUGCUCAAAACGGUUAAUUACAAAAUAAUAUUAAGGACAUUCUUCCAGGAAAAGAGAAAUAUUUAAACACAAGAAAUGUCUUACGUUUUUGAUAGACGAACUGUCCAAUUUGAAUAGUAAUGCUGUAUUCCAAUAUUAGAAAACCCUAUCACUGAUGUCAAUAGGAAAUCAAGAUAUGAUACAUUAUAUAAAUGAUUGUACAUGCAGGCAUUUCAAUUAUGAAUUUAAAAUCAAACAUAUGUCACAUAGCCUAUGUAGAAAUGUAAUUAGUAAUAAAGAUGUACAUUGACUUCUCGAUGCUAAUUUAUAAGUCACUCAAAAUGGUGGUGAAGGCCUAUAUUGGAUGAUAUCGAUAAGAAUAAAAUGGAACUAAAGAAGAUAUACUCUGCCAAAUAUAUGGAUAUGAUACGUACACGUACCUAAUAAGAAUGUAUAUAUAAGAUGACACUGAAAGCAGCCUUAACUAUUGAAAAGUUCAAUAUGUGACAUAAUGAUGUGAUUUCAUAAACAUUCUACGAACUCCAACAAGUUGUAUGAUCUGUAAUAAUAUAUGGUCUCAGCUAUUCUACAAAGCAUGGAAUGGUUUGUUACAUUGGUGUUUGGAAUAUUCGUGUGGUUGCCGAUUCCUAUAAUAUCAGCACAGCGACAGGGAUUUCGGAGAGUGUGUUACUUCGCCAGCUGGUCCAUCCACCGCGAGGUUGAAGAAGCUAGAUUUGAUAUUGAUUACAUCGAGCCCGAUCUAUGUACGCACCUCAUAUACGCCUUUGCCAAGAUAGACCCCACGUCCUUGACCCUUACACCUUGGGACGAGACGGACAUCAACAAUGGCGUUGACUUACCAAACUAUAACAAAUUCAAUGAUAUCAAGGAGAGAAAUUCCAAUUUGAAGACAUUGUUAUCAGUCGGAGGCCACACUGCUGGGACUAAUCAGUUCAUACAAAUGGUAGCAACUAAGAAAAGACGAGUUAAAUUUAUACUGAGUGCUAUUGAUAUAUUACGGACGUAUGGCUUCAAUGGAAUUGACAUUGAUUGGGAAUUCCCAAGGUCGCACGACCGGGCCCAGUUCACUGAACUUAUUAAGGAAUUUCGCGAAGCUUUUGAAAAGGAGUCAAAGAUGACUAAAAGACCUCGAUUGAUACUAACAGCAGCAGUGGGUGUCAACGAGAAUCAAAUCACAUACAGCUACGACGUUGCACAGAUUUCAAAGUAUUUAGACUUCUUCAAUGUUAUGACAUAUGACUUCCAUGGUCAUUGGCAGAGUUACCUUGGGUUCAACAGUCCACUUUUCUCAAGGAAUAGCCAGAACCGAAAGUUCAGCCAUUCUCUAAGUCAGGAAUGGGUCAUCAACCGAUAUAUACAAGCUGGAGCACCAAGACACAAACUCGUACUUGGAAUGGCAAUGCAGGGUCGUUCCUUUACACUAGCCAACCCCAGGGCUACCAUGAUUGGUGCUAAGGCCACGGGACCAGGUUAUGCUGGUAGGAUGACUCGCGAAAAGGGAGUUAUGUCAUAUUUUGAGAUUUGUGAAUUAGAGCGAAGUGGGGAAGGAUCGCUCCAAUGGGACAGUGUACAAAUGUGCCCAUACUUCCACAAGGGUGACUUUUGGAUCGGCUAUGAUAACAGACGAAGUAUAGCAAUAAAAACAGCGUGGCUGGUCAAAAAUAAGCUUGGGGGUGCCAUGGUGUGGUCGAUAGAUCUAGACGACUACCAAGGGACGUUUUGUAACGAGGGUACCUAUCCCCUCAUCCGCACCAUACAACGCGUGCAGUUCUCAAAGAGCCCGCAUACGGGUGGUGAGUUGAAGAGAGGACGCAGUAACAGUGGGGCAAAAUACAAUGCAGUUGAUAGAACUAUAAAUGUAUUAAUAGCAUUGGUGUCAUUUGUAUUCACACAAUGGAUGAUGUUAAGACAGUGAGACGUGAAAUGAAUAAAUUUGUAAAUACCUUCUACAUUGUGCAAUGGCCAUUAUGCAUUUGCAACAUAACGGUGACGAGUUAACAAGGAGAGCUCUCAGCAGUGAAACGAUGCUGAACAAUGCAGUUGACUUGAUGUUUAUAUUGAUGUACAUGAUAUUUAUAUGAUAUUUAACCAAUUCAUAUUUAAUUUAUGUUAUAUAUGUGUCAUAUUUAAAUAAAUUAAAAUGAAUUCCCAAUUUUGGUUAAUCCAUUUGGAGUAUCAUUCACCAUUUAUUCUUUAUAUUUAGUAGACUGGAUGCAACCAUUUGUUCUUGUACGAUUAACAUUUCAAAUGUUCGUAUAACAUUUACAAUAACAAAUCAA